CCUUAGUUGCCUUCUCAAACUACGUGACUGCGAUCUACUUAAUAUCACAUCUAUCACAGUCAUCUCGACAGGAAAAGAAUUUUGUCAAACAUCGACACAAUGGCUCGAAUUCUCAUCACAGGCUCUUCCGACGGACUUGGCGCCGUCGCCGCCCGCACUCUCCUCAAGAACGGACACCAAGUCGUCAUUCACGCCCGCAACGCCCAGCGAGCUGAAGAUGCGAAAUUGGCCGUGCCAGGCGCCGAAACAGUUCUCAUCGGCGACCUCUCCAAGAUUGCAGAGGUGAAGAAACUCGCCGAGGAUGCCAACAAGCUGGGAACAUUUGACGUCGUCAUCCACAACGCCGGCCUCUACCGCGGGCCCUACCGCAAGACCGAUCUCGGACUGCCAAGCUUGACUGCUGUCAACGUCUUUGCACCCCAUAUACUCACAUCCUUGAUCAACAAGCCCAAGAGGAUCGUUUACAUCUCUUCCGGCCUGCACAAGAGCGGCGACACCAGCUUCACCGAUCCGACGUGGCGCGAGCGCGGAGAGGGAGGGUGGAAUGAGACGCAGGCGUAUUGCGACUCGAAGCUGCAUGUCACCACGUUGGCCAACGCCGUUGCUCGUCUGUGGCCGGAUGUGAAGAGUAACUCGGUCGAUCCUGGCUGGGUUCCGACCAAGAUGGGUGGUUCGAGCGCGCCUGAAAAGGCAGAGGAUGGAGUGGCGAGCUACGUUUUGCUGGCGGAGGGAAUUGGUGCUGGAGAUGUUACUGGGAAGUACUUCAAGCCUCCCGGACAGGAGGACAAUCCCGUGCCAUUCACAAAGGAGAAGCAAAGGCAAGACCAGCUGUUGAAGCUGCUCGAGGAGGAGACUGGGGUUAAGCUUCCUGUCGCGUAGAUGUUCCUUACCUUGAGGUUGUCAACUUACACCAGCAGAGAGGCCGUGGUUGAUCAAAAAAGAUACCUGGUGAAGAAAGCUUACUUUUCGCAUGAUAUUAUUGAUCGACCACAUAAUUAGUCACUUCGUGCCUCAAGAGCCUGGGUGAUGUUACCGUGACCCUGCAGCA